AUGUCAAUCUCCUACUCCGACUGCCUCUCCGACCUUCUCUGCGGUGAGGACUCCAAUAGUAUCUUCGGAGAAGUUUCGAAAGAAUGCUCAUCGGACCUGGAUUCUCAGUCGCCGGACAUCGAAGAAUCCAUCGCCAGUCUCAUUGAAGACGAGCGAGAUUUCGUCGAAGACUUUCAUUCAACUACUCAAUACCUCGAUCCAUCUACUAGAGCAGAAUAUGUUGCAUGGAUUAUCAAGGUACAAAAAUACCAUGCCUUCCAGCCGUUAACGGCGUAUCUCUCCGUCAACUACUUUGAUCGUUUCCUCCACUCUCAUCGAUUGCCGAAAAUGAAUGGAUGGCCAUUGCAACUGUUGUCCGUUGCAUGCUUGUCAUUAGCUGCUAAAAUGGAGGAACUUCUAGUUCCUCCUCUAUUGAAUCUUCAGGUUGAAGGAGCAAAAUUUAUUUUUGAACCAAGAAAUAUCCAAAGAAUGGAGCUGCUUGUGCUGCGUGUAUUAGAUUGGAGGCUAAGAACCAUUUCUCCAUUUAACUAUCUCAAUUUUUUCGCAAACAAGAUUGACGCCGCUGGAACUCAUACUGCGUUCAUUACAUCAAGGGCCAUUGAGAUUAUUCUGUCAAAUAUUCAAGAGGCCAGCUUCCUUGAUUACAGACCAUCAUGCAUAGCUGCUGCAACAAUACUUUGUGCAGCAAAUGAUCUGCCAAAUUUCUCUUUUAUAACUGCUCAACAUGCUGACUCAUGGUGUGGUGGACUUCGUAUAGACAAGAUCGACGGUUGCUAUCGAUUGAUGAGGCAGAUUGUUAUGAAUAAUAGGCCAAGGAAACCACCAAAAGUGCUAUCCCAUCUUCGGGUCAUGCCUCGGACAAGUAUGUCAAGGCAGGGACUGAUGGGUUUUGUGCAGAUGAAGGGACUAGGAAUUGGCCCCUCAAGCAAUAAAAGACUGAUUCAAAUCAAUGAAUAUGAUCCUCAGGUUCUUGAUUUUAGACAAGUGUCUCUUCUCACCUCUAUCUAA